GACAUGUGAAAGUUUUGAUUUUCGUCUACUUCUGCAUUUCAGUGGUCGAGAACCUUUGAUCAACCCAGGAAGGGAGCCAGUCCUUUCAAUCAUUCCGGGCCCUUUUCCCUUCCUCUUUUUUUUUUCUUUUUUUUUUCUUUUCCCACGUUAAGCGCCCUCUCACGAAUGCGAAGGCGGAAAGAAGAAAAGAAAGAAGAAGGAAAAAAAGAUGUCACUCGAGGUGAUAUACGUGACGCGGCAUGGCUUCCGUUCCAAUUGGGUUGUCGAUCCCACCAGUGGAGAGUAUGGCAGCCACCUGAGAUCACCAACGGGCAUAGCCGCCGACCCAGCGCUGACGGCCCACGGUGUCGACCAGGCAAAGGAGCUGGCAGGUCACCUGGUGAGGCUGGACCCUCCAGUUGAGCGCAUCUACUCCAGCCCCUACUACCGCUGCCUCCAGACGGUCCAGCCUUUUGUGGAGCGUCUUGAGGGUACCAAACGCGCUGUGCUGGGAGAGACUGGGCUGUCAGAAUGGUAUGGCUCUGCCCCGUUUGAGCAUCCCACCUCGGCACCGCCAACACAGCUCAAGGACCUGUUCCCGGCCUACGAUACGAGCUACGUGCCCAAUGUGGUACCCUCCAGGACGGGCGAGAGCAUAGCCCAGCUCCAUGAGCGGGUCGCCCUGACGCUGGAUGCCAUCAUCAGGCGCUGUGACGAGUCAGGGGUGCGCGCUGUGCUGCUCUGCUCGCAUGCCGCCACUAUCAUUGCCAUAGGCAGGGUCCUGACCGGCUGUAUGCCGGAGCAUGUUGAGACGGAGGACUUUCGUGUCUUCACCUGCGGUCUGAGUACGUUCAGGAGGAGGAAGACGCGAUCCGGCCAGGACGGCCCAAGUUCCCCGGCCGUUGACACCACUGGAUCAGAGACGACUCUAGACUGGGAAGGUGGGAAGGGUGUUGGUGGCGGAUGGACAUGCGAGAUCAACAGCGACUGCAGCUUUCUCUCUGGAGGCGAGGAAAGAGGAUGGCGUUUUUCUGGGGACGAAGCAUUUGCCGGCGUCCAGCAGGAUUCGUCCCAGAGGGACGCUGGGGUGGAGUUGGGAGUCAUCGUUGAAGGGAAAAGGAAGCCUCCGAGACUAUAGCGGUUAGCCUGUUUGAGACGAACCCGCUGAGAAAAUGGGGGUGUUGAAACCCUUUUUCCAUUCUUUCAUUGUUCAGGAACACACAAGAAGUAAUCAAACACUAAUCUUGU